GCCGUAUCAGCACGUUUUAUUUAUUGUGGAAUAUAUAUAUAUUUAUACCUCGUUAGUGUUGUGGCCUAUUUUAUGACCGGGACAUAAUAACACGUUGUUUAUCUAACGGUCAGUUUCAUAUAGCUCGCAAAGACUGAACAAACUGAGCAGCGGCCAGUCAUGGAGGAGCUAGUGGAGACACCAGAGGAGCAGCUGGCAAAGCAGCACCGCAAGGAAAAGAAAGAUAUGCAAGCUAAUAUCCAGAGCAUGAAAAAUGCAAUCCCCAAAAAUGACAAGAAAAGGAGGAAACAGUUGACAGAGGAGAUUGCAAAAAUUGAGGCUGACCUCAGCCAGAAACAUGAGGAAGAAUUGAUGCAACUCCAAUCGACAACCAACACGGAGGUGGAAGAGGUGUUAAAUGGAGUGGAGACCAUGAAGGUGGACGAUGGAGAAGAAGAGGAGGGGAAACAAUCACGUGUAACCAAGGCCCAGAAAAGAAGGGACAAGAAGGCUGCCCAGGAGAAGGAGAGAGAGAGCCGGAUAGCAGAGGCCGAGGUACAAAACCUGCAGGGUGUGAGGCACCAGGAGGGUUUAAAGCUGGCUCAGAAACUCGCACAGCAACAGCUUCAGAUCAAGGAGAUCUCCUCUGAUGGCCACUGCAUGUAUCGUGCCAUUGAAGAUCAGCUGGCACAGCGUUCAGAGCCUGGGUCAAUCACGAGUGUGAAAGACCUGCGGUCCAGCACCGCUGAGCGCAUGAGAGGCCAUGCUGACGACUUCCUCCCUUUCCUCACCAACACCAACACUGGUGACAUGUACACAACAGAUGAGUUUGAGAAAUACUGCAGUGACGUGGAGCACACGGCAGCUUGGGGUGGACAACUGGAAUUGCGAGCUUUGACCCAAGUUCUUCACUUGCCAGUGGCAGUGAUCCAGGCCGACUCCGCAACUAUAAAAAUUGGGGAGGAAUUUGAUAGUAAACCCAUCACCCUUGUCUAUAUGCGUCAUGCCUAUGGACUAGGAGAGCACUACAAUUCUGUGGAGGUGCUGAAGGACCCAGCCAAUGCAGAGGACAGCUGAGAGACAGCUCAGUCUUGGUGUGAUAUUAAUCAAUGUGUGUAAUGCAGAGUGUGUUCACACCACUAAGGGUCCCUAAAUACAAAUGUAUUUGGAGGGAGACCCCCCCCCCCCCCUCCCCACCAUUGAAGACAAGCUGAGGUUAACAGAGAAUAUUGCUGUUUUCAGGGUGGCUUCAACACACAAUGGUCAAAAGAUAUCAGUGGGGAGUGUAAAAUCUAGUUCUGAAAACGCUAUCAUUGUGCUAAUAAAAUGUAGCAUAAGUAACGUGUUAUUGAUUUGACACUGGACGGCCUUGGUCCUAAUGACCUCCGGAGUUCACUUUAGUCAAUUUUGGGAAGCAAUGGUGUACAGCCUACCUAUCGCAUCAGGUGGCACUACUUUAAUGAGGGGUUGUUGAACUUCUGCAAUGUUUUCGGAAUGAACUGAAUUGUGGAACUUGUAAAUCAUAUCAAUGUUACAUAAACAUAUACAAUACUAA